AUGUGUUCAUUUAGUUUUUGGUUUUCUCAUACAGUUGCAGAUGUGAUGCUGUGGAGGAGGAAAAAUCUCACGUUGGGGAUUCUGGUGGUCACUCUUGCUGCUUGGGUGAUGUUUGAGAAAUCCGGAUAUACACUUCUAUCAUUUGUUUCUAGUGUUCUCUUGCUCCUCCUUACCAUUCUCUUCCUCUGGGCCAAAUCUGCGGCAAUUCUAAACCGACAACAACUAAUAAGCUGCUUAUUUUGUAUAUAUACCAGGCCUGCUCCACCACUGCCAGAUGUGUACCUCUCAGAAGAGGUGGUAAAUGAUAUAGCAGCUCUAAUCCGAGAUCACACAAACAAAUUUCUUUCAACAUCUAAGGAUAUUGCUCUGGGAAAGGACACCAGAAUGUUUUUCAAAAUAGCUGCAUGUCUAUGGCUAAUUUCGGUCGCUGGGGGUUUGACAGAUUUCCUUACCCUAGGCUACACCAGCCUUUUUAUUGUGCUUACGGUUCCGGCACUCUACGAGAAGUAUGAAGAUUCUAUAGACAGAUUCAUAUUGAUUGGGUGUAUGAAAUUGCGGCAGCUGUAUGUGAAAUUUAAUGUCCAGUAUAUUGGUAGGAUUCAGAGCUGGGUUUUGCAGAAGAAGAAAUUAAGUUGA